AUGUUUUAUAAAGAGUAUGGAAUUAAAUUAGGCAAAUCUGAUGAUUUCGAAGAAAUUCAAUUUAAAAAUCUCAAUAUUCAUAUAGAAAAUACUAUUUACAGAGCAAUUAUGUAUAAUGACUUAGAGAGAUUCAUCUCAUUUACUGAAAGAGAUGAAUUUGAUAAAAAUCAAAAACUUAAAAGCGAUUUAUAUCCAUUUUCUGGAAAAGGAUAUUCAUUACUUGAAUUAUGUUGUUACCAUGGAGCAGUUGAUUGUUUCAAGUUAUUAAGAACGAAAUUUCACUCAGAGAUUACUCAAACAUGUUUACAAUUCUCAUUUUUAGGCGGAAAUCCAGAGAUCAUGAGUGAAUGUUUGAAAUAUCAAACACCAAAUAAAGAAUGCAUGAGAUAUGCAAUUAUUUCACACAACAUUGAUUUUGUUACAUUCUUGAUGAAUGAGUACAAUAUAGAGAUUAAAUUAGAAUAUUGCAUACAAUAUAAAAAUCUUGAAUCAUUUUUUGUUUAUUUAGAUCAAACAAAUAAUAUUGACCAAUGCUUUGUUUAUUCAAUAUCGUUUGAUAUCCCAUCACUUAGUGAAUAUUUGCUUUCACAUGGUGCCAAUGUCAAUGAACAUGAUAAUGAAGGCUAUACUGCUCUUCACAAAGCAAUACAUAAAAAUGAUAGAGAAAUAAUUGAUCUUCUUCUUUCAUAUAAUGUAGAUGCCAAUGAAAAAGAUAGAUGGGGAAACACUGCUCUUCACACAGCAGUACAGAAAAAUAAUAAAGAAAUGGUUGAUCUUCUAAUUUCACAUGGUGCCAGUCUCAAUGAAAAGGAUAAAAUGGGAAACACUGCUCUUCACAAAGCAGUACAGGAAAAUUAUAUAGAAAUUAUUGAUCUUUUAAUUUCACAUGGGGCUAAUGUCAAUGAACAUGAUAAUAAAGGUUAUACUGCUCUUCACAAAGCAGUAGGUAAUAGUACUAAAGAAAUUAUUGAUCUUUUCAUUUCACAUUACACAGGGAAAACUACUCUUUAUUCUGCAGUACCUAAAAAUAAAAAAGAAAUUAUUGAGCUUCUAAUUUCACAUGGUGCCAGUGUCUUUGAAAAGGAUAAUAUGGGAAACACUGCUCUUCACAAAGCAGUACAGGAAAAUAAUAAAGAAAUGGUUGAUCUUCUUCUUUCGCAUGGUGCCAGUGUCAAUGAAAAAGAUAAAAUGGGAAACACUGCUCUUUAG